UGGUAAUAAGAAAAAUCAGACCACAUCUUUCGAUCCCCGUCCUCUACUGCUGAUUCUCUCUAUCGUCCACAGUUCCAAAGCGAACGUAAAAUUUCCCACCAAAACUAUGAACAAUCCAAGCCAUUUCCCCUCAAUUUAGCACCCUCAUCAAACCCAUUUCCUUUCUACUGCCUUUAAUGGCCGCUUCAUCUCUUUCUCUUCUUCCAUCUCCCCUCACCUUUUCCCCUUGUGAGCGUUUCUCUGCUUCUUCUUCUUCCGCUUCAUCUUCUUCCUUCUUCCAUGGUGGAACCCAUCUCAGGUUCCACAAAAACUUCCUCUCUGCACAUUCUUAUUCCUUCAAUUCUUCUCCUUCUUCUCCUAAUUCCCAAUUUAUUAAAAGGGUCUCUUCGAGACGACGCCUAGGAAUUAUAGUUAGUGCUUCUGGGGACUAUUAUGCCACUCUCGGGGUCCCCAAAUCUGCUAAUAGCAAGGAAAUUAAGGCUGCUUAUCGGAAAUUGGCUCGUCAGUAUCAUCCUGAUGUCAAUAAAGAACCUGGGGCAACUGAGAAGUUUAAAGAGAUCAGUGCUGCUUACGAGGUUCUUUCAGAUGAUAAGAAGCGGGCUUUGUAUGAUCAAUAUGGCGAAGCUGGUGUUAAGAGUACAGUAGGAGGUUCUAGUGCUUAUACGACUAAUCCAUUUGAUUUAUUUGAGACAUUCUUUGGACCAAGCAUGGGAGGGUUUGGUGGUAUGGAUCCAACUGGUUUCCGCGCACGUCGUAGUAGUACUGUUACUAAGGGUGAAGACAUACGAUAUGACAUCAAUUUAGGAUCUUCUGAAGCCAUAUUUGGAUCAGAAAAAGAAUUUGAGCUGUCCCAUCUGGAAACAUGUGAAGUCUGCUCUGGUACUGGAUCAAAGGUAGGCUCCAAAAUGAGGAUAUGCUCAACAUGUGGAGGGAGAGGACAGGUUAUGAGAACCGAGCAAACACCUUUUGGCUUGUUUUCCCAGGUCUCUGUUUGUCCAAAUUGUGGUGGCAAUGGUGAGGUCAUAUCUGAAUUCUGUCGGAAGUGUUCUGGCGAAGGACGCAUCCGUGUUAAGAAAAACAUCAAGGUUAAAGUUCCUCCAGGAGUAAGUGCAGGCAGUAUCCUAAGAGUUGCAGGAGAAGGUGAUGCUGGACCCAGAGGGGGCCCUCCGGGAGAUCUCUUUGUGUAUCUUGAUGUUGAAGAGAUACCCGGAAUUCAAAGAGAUGGCAUCAAUCUUUACUCAACAAUAGCUAUUAGUUAUCUGGACGCCAUUAUGGGAUCUGUUGUCAAGGUAAAGACGGUUGAAGGAAUGGCUGAACUUCAAAUUCCACCUGGUACUCAGCCUGGUGAUGUUCUUGUUCUUGCAAAGAAAGGUGUUCCAAAACUGAAUAAGCCAUCAAUUCGAGGCGACCACUUAUUCACAAUCAAAGUAACCAUACCAAAUCGUAUUAGUGAAAAAGAACGAGAAUUGCUUGAAGAACUUGCUUCACUGAACAACACUGCUGGGACUGGGAGCCGUUUUAAAACUCGCCAAAAAUCCCAACCACAACCAACUAAUACAAGUACAGAAAAUGAGGUCAAAACAGUUGCCAAUAGUACUGAAUCUACUGAUGAUGGGGACUCCAAUGAUCUAUGGAAAAAAGUACAAGAUUUUGCUGGGUCUGUGGCUAAAGGAGCUCUACAAUGGCUGAAAGAUAACCUUUAGCCUUACGUUCGAGCUUGGCGUCAGCUUUGGUUGAAACCAAACUAUCAUUACAAGUCCUUGUUCAUUCUCGUUGGCGCUAUUUCUCUACUUCUACCCAAUUAUGGCUCAAAGACACUAUCUGGCAAUUUCUUGAGAUAUUUUCUUCAUGCGUCUUCCAGGAGAAGCCAUUGUGCUCAGAGUGGAUGUUCAUAACUUGCUUAAAGUUGAGAUUUUUUUUUUUUUUUUUUUUUGGUCUCAUUAGGUAAUGGUAUUGAUUAGAAUUACAUUUCAGACUCAUAUUCAUUUAUAACAAUUCAAAGCGUUAGAAAAAAAAAUGAUUUUGACUUGUUGAGAAUGGGAUUUUGGUGAAAUAUUGUUGUCCACUGAAAAUGGAGAAGAGUCCAUUUUGAAGUUGAAAUUGAGAUAUCUAUGCAUCCUGCA